AAACCAACGAAGAAGAAGAAGUGUCGCUAACAAUGGCCGCUUCCUCGGAGUUACGGAUGGAUCAGCUUCCUUCGGACCCGCUCCUGCACGUCCUAUCCUUCCUCAACUACAGAGACCUGGUCCAGUAUGUACCCGACCCUACAGCCCGGGCUUCCUCGCACACUUUGCGGGCGGUUUCUGUUUUCAGCAGUAAAGUUUUUAAGACAAAACAAACACGUAAACAACCCGCAGAUCGGGGGCAGGCUAACGGCUGCUGCUAAGCUAACAGGCGGCUAAAAACAACGCGAACAGAGGGCAGUGAUAAAGAAAAAGCGACAAAAAAGCCCGAAUUAAACAUAAAUAAUUAUAUUUUUAAGAGAAACAGUGAAAGAUAAAGUGACAGAGAGUGAAAAACUCAGAAAGAGAGCUGUCAAAUAAGAUACGAGAAUCGACGCAAAGGUGUGGACUUAAUCGCCGUAUCCUACUGUUUGUUUUCCUGAUAAAACCUGCUGCAAUGAUUGAUUUAUAUCAGUAAUACAGAUCUGAUAAAGUUAAACAGGAGCAGACAGUCGUUGUCAUGUAGCUCAGAGUUUAAAGAGAAAGUUUAAAACCAGAUAAAGAUCAUCAGCUGAUCACUGUUUACAUAAUUGAUCAUGAUAAGUCUGAAAAACAGGACAGCUGACACAUCACUGCAGGCCUCAAAUAAAACUAUUAUUGAACUACAAUUCACAUAUUAGACACCAUGAACUGUAGUUUAGUCUGAUAAUGUUGGAAGAUGACUUCAUUCUGUAACAACAAGGUUUUUACAAAAGUGUCAGACUGUAAAACAAAAUGAAGAACUCAAACAACAAGUUAAAUUUAAGAAAAAUCCAACAUUAACUUAGCAAACAGUCAGAAGAACCCAACAGGACAGAAAUCCAACAACAUGAGGCGAGACCAAGAGACCCAGAGAUGUAAGAUUAAUGGGAGAGACAGUUAAAAGAUGUCAAAGUGAGUUUGAAGAGAAGAUUUUUAAGAUGUCUUUGAUUCUGUGAGCGCUGUUAUCUUUUUAUUAGGAAUUAAACUUGAAUCUUUAUCCCUGCAUUCACAAUGUAUCUUUGUGUGUGUGUGUGUGUGUGUGUGUGUGUCCUACAGCUGCAGUUAUGUCAACAGGAGGCUAAAUGAAUUAUCCAAACACAACCCGCUCUGGAAGUCUCUCUGCUCCAAACACUGGCUGCUGACAGAGUGAGUCUUUUCUUCUUCUUCUCUGUCAGAGUCCGAUUAAAACAGAAAAACUUAUACAGGGGAAAAAAACAGCUCAGCAUACAGAAAUGAAACCUGUAUAACUGUUUUAGUUUGAUCACAAAGUACAGAGGAGUAUUGAGAAACGUUUAUUGUGGUAGGAAAAGAACUGCAUUUCGUUAAAGGGAUAUUCCGGCAUAAAAUUAAUUUAGAGUCAAACACACCAUAACACCGAGUUAGACACCCCCUCCAGAGAUGAAUGUUGUCGACCGCUUGCUUCUCUAGUUAUACCAACUUUAGUAACGACCGCAGGAUAGAAAUACAGAGAGCCACGCACUCAACCAAAACGCCACUCUAUAGCCACAAAUAAUGCUCAGAACAGCACCUAACUUCAUCAACAGGACAUAGUACUAGACACCAAACAUCUUUUUAACUUUGCUAAACACAACUCACCUACUCUUUUCCAGCAGCCACUUGUUUGUACGGAGACCUCCGACUAGUCCAUCACGACUGCAGCAGAGUUUCACAGCUCAAGGAAGAACAUUUAUGAUCAUUUCUUCAUGGAAAUACAAUCAGACCGAGACUUUAAGGCAGAAGAACUACAGCAUCUGCAGUGAAAAAUGAUUAAUAUGAUGAUUAUUACUAAGAAAUGAUCAUAAAUGUUCUUCCUUAAGCUGCGGCACCCCGCUGUAGUCCAUAAUGGACUGGCCUGAAGUCUCACUACAAACAAGCGGCUGCUGGAAGAGAGUAGGUGAGUUGUGUUUAGCAAAGUUAAAAAGAUGUUUGGUGUCUAGUACUAUGUCUGUGACCCUAUAUGUCCUGUUGAUGAAGUUAGGUGCUGUUCUGAGCAUUAUUUGUGGCUAUAGAGUGGUGUUUUGGUUGACCGGUGACUCUCUGUAUUUCUAUCCUGCGGUCGUUACUAAAGUUGGUAUAACUAGAGAAGCAAGCGGUCGGCAACAUUCAUCUCUGGAGGGGGUUUCUAACUCUGUGUUACGGUGUGUUUGACCCUAAAUUAAACUUACGCUCUUUAAACCUUUUUAGAUUUUACAUGAGAAAUAUUCAAAAGUACAGUGUUGAUUUAAAAAAAAAAAAAAGCCAUUUAAAAGCAUUGAUGAGUUUAAAGAGUAACAGUCUGAUCACCCCAUAUCAAGCUGUUUUUCUUCAUGUUUGCUCAGUGCGGAUCGCCUGCAGAGCGGUGUCUCCUGGUACUGUCUGUUCAAACAGUACUACAGGGACCUGGGUCGCUACAUCCAGUACUACCCGGUCCUGAAGAGAGCCUGGGAGCAGCUGAAGAGCUUCCUGCAACAGAGGUGUCCCCGCAUGAUUGCAUCACUUAAAGGUGACGGGGACGGGCAUCAGGAGAUUGUAGACUAAGAAUCUUUUCUACCUUUAAAUAUCAUCUUUGUUAAUAAUGAUGUUUUUGAUCUAAGGAUGAGUCAUGUGACCCUGGUUUGUUUGUUUUUCCCAUCAGAGGGCGCCACAGAGGUGGAGCUUAACGACAUCGAAGCUCAGAUCGGCUGCAGACUUCCAGAUGAUUACCGCUGCUCCUACCGCAUCCACAACGGGCAGAAACUGGUGAUCCCAGGGUCGGUGUCUGCCCGAUGGACUUUGACUGACUCACCACCUACAUUACCUGUCUGUCUGUCUGCUCACCUGUCCCUCUCUCCUCAGGCUAAUGGGCAGCAUGUCCCUGUCGAACCACUACCGCUCAGAGGUGCUGCUGGACGUGGAGACGGCCGCCGGAGGUUUCCAACAGAGGAAGGGGAUGAGACGCUGCCUCCCGCUCACCUUCUGCUUCCACACCGGCCUCAGUCAGUACAUGGCUCUGCAGGCGGCGGAGGGACGCAGGAUGUACGAGAGCUUCUACCCCUGCCCUGUAAGUCAGCUUCCUGUCUGCUGCGCCUUUCAAAAUAAAUGUCAAACAGUGUGUCGUAAAUUUGAGACCAAAUAUGACAUGGGUUUAUUUUUAAACAUCUGUGGAUCUAACGGUGAUGAUGGUGUUUUUCAGUUUUCAGUGCGAGUGCAAAGAUUAAACAUUGAUCCGGCUUCAUCGUUUCAUAACAGGAUAACGUUUUAAAUCACUUCUUGUUCAUGAAUAAGUUUCAGCUUGGAGACUAAAAUACUUUUUAGGAUUGAGAGCAAACGAAGUGUGUUUGAAGGUCUUAACCAUGUUUUUUGUUGUUUCGUUUCUCAGGAUCAGACGGCUCAGGAUCCUUCAGCCAUCGACAUGUUCAUCACAGGUCUGCUCAGCGUUUCAUCCUCCUGUUUAUGGGUCAUCACUCAAACAGAUGCAGGAAAAAAAAUUCAUGAUAGAGAAUAAAACAACAUGAGGAUCAAAUGUUUGUAUCUUUUCAGGUUCCUGUUUCUUGGAGUGGUUCACCACCUACGUCAACAAUGUGGUCAAUGGAGAAUAUCCAAUCAUCAGAGACCAGAUCUUCAGGUAGCAAACAAACCAACUGUGUUCUCACUGCGCAUGUUUAGGCCUGAGGAUGAUUGAAAUCAGUGUUGUUGUGUUUCUGUGUCUGCAGAUACGUCCACGAUAAAGGAUGUGUGGCGACCACUGGUGACAUCACCGUCUCAGUUUCUACCUCCUUCUUGCCAGAGCUGUCCUCCGUCCAUCCUCCGCACUUCUUCUUCACCUACAGGAUCAGGUAUUUAUGAGGGUUAGAAAUGUUUGCAGGAAACUGUGGCGGCUCUUCUGCUGCCUCACAGGUGAACCUGCAAAUAUGUUAUCAUACAAAUGUUAGACGGCUGCUCUGUAUCUAGUCAACAAACAGAUAUUUGUCGGGCUUUUAUUUUGAAACAAUUGAUUCUUAUCUCAAAAUACUUCUGUAAGGCUUUUCUUAAAUGUCGUGGCGUCUUGGCUGACCGCUUUGAUUGGACACGCCGGCAUUUUGUGUAAAAAUCAUGAGUGCAUGCAAAGGUCAGGUUACAACAGGAGUGACCGCUGCUGGACUAAAAAGCAACUUCUUCAGGCGGCCUGCUGUGCUGAUUUUUCAGACUGUGUCCAGGAUGUGUGAACACAGACGGUUAUAUUCUUGUCCUGAAUUUUCCCCUCCAACCCUGUGCGUAAAUUCUGUUUGUGUGGAGUUAGAGGGAGUUGAACCAACAGGGAGAUUCUCCUGCUGUGAGUUGCUUGUGUGAGCAGCAGGUCCCUGAGUGAUCUUCAUGGUCGUCUGGAGGUUGUGUGUUGAAGCAGUUUCUCGUGUCCGAGAUUUUUUUAACAUAAAAGUGCGUUUCAGGAUUGAGAUGGCGAGCAGCGCGUCUCCUGAAGCCGCUUGUCAGCUGGACAGCCGUUACUGGAAGAUCACCACCUCUGACGGGAACGUGGAGGAGGUUCAGGGGCCCGGCGUGGUCGGUAUGAUGCUCACACAACAGGAACACCUACAGAGCUCACCUCUGAUUGGCUGAUAUCACCUGCUGAGUGUGUGUGUGUGUGUGUGUGUGCAGGAGAGUUUCCGGUCAUGACACCAGGGAAAGUGCACGAGUACGCCAGCUGCACCACGUUCUCCACGCCGUCAGAGUACAUGGAGGGUCACUACACCUUCCACAGGCUGGGUAAGGACGACGCUCGCCAUCUUUGAUAGAGUGAGCAGAAAUGAAAGAGCGCAGCGCUCCAGCUGACACUUUUCCAAACAUGUGUUUGUCCUGCAGCCAAUAAAGAGGAGGUUUUCCACGUCGCCAUCCCUCGUUUCCACAUGGUCUGCCCGCCCUUCAGAGAGCCUGUGGUUCAGACGGUAAAAAUACUCGCCGACCUUCAUGAUGAAACUUUUUAUCUGAGUGAGAUUCUCGACCUCUGAACUUCCUGUUUGUGUCUGAAUGCAGCAGAAGGCAUCCACCAAUCACAUGCCCCGACUGGACGACCACGACAAUGACGGCGAGUUCUGUGAUGAAGAUGGAGAUGGCGAUGACUUCGGUGACCUGAGAGGAAUCAACAUGGCCGCCUUGGAGGGAGCAUGGUGCCCUCGACACAUUUGACCUCUGACCCCCUGAUCUACCUGCGCUGCUGCGCUGUCAUGGCUGUCAAUCAUUCAGGUCUGUUUUAUGACACUCACACUUCCAGAAUGAUCUGAGUGAUUGACAGGCAGCACAGCAGGGGAUUCUGGGAAAGGUAAUCAGAGCCAUAUACGGACAAGGUCACGUUUACUUCCAGCUGUCAAUCAAAGGAAUGAAAUUUAAAUGUGAAGGGGGCGGGGUUCAAUAGAGAAGAUCUGAUUGGUUUAAACUUUUUCCUGUCACAACGUUAAACUGGCGGAUACGCUCGACGGGGAUGAUGAUGUCAUCCUGAGGAGGUGACGCAGCAGGGACACAUAAUGGCGCCUCCGGUCACUGUUACUUCCUGUUACGACGUAAAAGAAGCGGUGUGGAUGUACUCUGUGGGCCAAUCAGGAGUGAGUCAGGCUGUUGGUGGGUCGGAUGUUUGCUGAUAGUUUCGGCUGAAGGUUUCCGUUUAUUUUAAUGAACCUAAACGUCUUUUUCUCUGCAGGAACGAAACCUGAGGAACGAUUUAUGAGGCUUUUUUUCUGUUUCCUGUUCAUUUCAACCACUCUGGCGUGUUUGAUCGCCCUCGGGACAGCGAGAGUUGGACACUGGAGGGAGGAUCUCGCUUUUUAUUUUACGUUUAGACGAGUGAUGGAACACUAAAUUAGACUAAAUCUGGUCUACAGUCUUUGUUUAUAGUUAAAUGAGAAGAGUCAUCAGGUGGUCAAUAAGUUUACCUCCCAAACAUCCACAUUCGCUGCAGACUCUUACUCGCUUAUUUAAGAUUCAUCAGAUUAUUUAAGAUUCAUCAGAUGAAUGAUCCUGACUGUCAGAGAUCAGAGUCAAGUUCCUGCAGUGGAAAAGAUGAAGUGAAGCUGAUUUUCUUCAUAUUUCUGAUCAACUAAUCUCUCGGCUCCUGCAGAGGGAUUUUCUAGAACAAACUGGGGUUUUAUUUUGUAAGACGACAGGAAGUGUGUCCUGCUCAUGUUUUGUGCUCGGUGCUUGAAAUCGUUUUCAUUUGUGUUGAUCAUUUGUUUCCUUUUUCUCUCUGGGAGGGUGUGUGGUCACUCUCCUGUGAUUAGUGGGUUUGUUUGGUAAGUUUUUUGAUGAAAUAAAUAACAAGUAUUCCUUCCUGCAGACUCGCUGUUCCCUGCCACAAGAUAAAACACACUUGGCUGACCUCUACUUGAAACAUGAGGUCGAAAUGAUGAACUGAAAUCAUAUAAACCAAAUAAAUGACCUUUUUCUGUACAUAUAUAUACAAUUCAAAAAUCAUCAAUCCUUUAUUUAUUUAAAGCUUUUCAUCUAAAAAUACUUUCGUACUGAUGAAGCCAUUUACCAGCAAGUGUAGCCCUCAGCCGUCACAAUCUUGAGAAAUAAAUGCACCGGGGUACGACAUUGUUCAGUAUCGCUCUAUCAAUCAAAAAGUAGAUAUUAAAGAGUGUUUAUAAGUUAAAACAGCUCAGUUUAUAGCUAAAGCUUCAUGACUGCAUCAAAAAUGACCUUAGAGCACAGCUACUAUACUCAGGCUUGAAUUUACCAACUCAUCAGACUCCACUGAUAAACAAGCAUCUGUUUCCCUCUGAGAAACUCAAAUAUUGGACUCUGAUUUGAACAGAAGGAGGAGAGUUUCAGGUCCUUUGACAGUGAAAGAAUGAUCAUGGGAGGACCGUUUAAAAACAGGCGCUCACACACCUGAGGUUAAAAAAAAACAGCUUUUUAUUGACGAUGUUCGAGCAGCAUAAAAAAGUGUUUGUGUCGUUUUUUCACUCAGUCCAGAGUUAAAUCUUUCCUUCGUCAUGGAAACGUGUUUUCAUCAGGAAUCUCGACGUUAAUCAGAACCACCUCCUUUCACUCCUUCAGUCCUCCUCCUCCUCCUCUUCGUCAUCGUCAUCCUCCUCCUUCACCAGCUUUGAUACCCUCCUCCUCUUUCUCGUCUCCUUCACCUCCUCUACCUCUUCCUCCACAUUCCCCUCUUCUUCGCCCUCCCCUCCUCCUCCUCCUCCUCCUCCUGCUCCUGCUGCUCCUCCUCCCUCCUCCCCGUCGCCCUCCUCUCGGGCGUUGCAGCGGCUGCAGUGUCUCCUGAAGCCUCCCAAGAAGUGAGACCUGAAGCAGCAGAAGGGACAGGCGUAGCGCCCGGGCCGGUGGGCGGAGCUGAUGUGCUGCUGCAGCCGGCUGGGCAGGAAGAAGGAGCGUUUGCAGUCUUUGCAGUGGUACGGGCGCUCCACGUCGUGGCUACGCUCCACAUGACUGAUGGCGAAACCUGAGAAAACAAACACGAGUGCAAGUGAUUAGAAACUUUAUUGACAAAGACAAACACAAAAACAAGCAGGAUAUCAGAUGAAGAAGAUCACUGAAAACAUUUGCUUGUACGUUUUUACCUUUGAGUUUGGUCUUCCAGCCACAGAUGAGACACUGGAAACGAUUCGAGAUGAAGCGAACCACUUUUGAUGUUGCCUCCAGCUCCUCCUUCAGCAUCUCUCCGCUCAGUCCAGGUACCCCCUCCUCCUCCUCCGCCCCGCCACCCUGCGUCAGUUUGAGGGCAAAAUCUACGUGCUGGCGGACGGACUGGUUGGCGUACGCUCUGGGGAUGUCAUGUUUUCUCACCACGUGGUUGAUCCCGGGACCUUUCUUCGCGCUCCUCCAGUUACAGAUCAGACAGCGGUACCCAGCGCCGUCGAACACCAACACACUCUCAUCACCCCCGUUCUCCGUUUUCUCUGGCUCCACCUUCUGAGGGGCGGGGUCUUCAGGAUGUUCCUCCCCAUUCUCCUCCUCCUCCUCAGCUUCACUGUUCUUCUUUGCUUCAACAGCUUCCUUCUCCUUUUCCUCCACCUCCAUCUCCUCUUCCACUUUAACCUCCACCUUCUCACCCCCAUCCUCACCUCCUCCCUCAUCCCCCUCGUCCCCCCCUCCCCCCUCCCUCUCAUCCAUACAGUGUGUGGUGAUGAGGUGUUGGUACAGCUUAGUGAAGUCUCUGGUUGUGAAGAAACAGUCAGAGCAGUGGAACAGCCGGGCGGUGCUCUGAUACAUCAGGAUGUUGCCGAGGCGACCCACAGAGACGUUGUCCAGGGAGGCCGGGUGAGAGGCCGCCAUGUGGGACAGCUGGUGGGCGUGGCUUUUGGAGAAGUGACCACAGAAGGGGCAUUGCAGGUGAGCUGCCACACCUCCACCUGCUUCACCUCGAGUCUGUAUGAUGACGGACAUUUUUGCUUCUACCUGAAACAGAUUUGAAAACAAUCAUUCACAGGGAAGAUUUGAUUCAUGUUCCUUUCAUUCUUUACAUUUAUCACAGCGGACUAACGUUUAAGAUGACCAGUUCUUUAAUUUCAAGGAUCAACUUUUAAAAGUUUUCUAUGGAAAUAUAAUGAAGUUCUUGGAGUUAAAGGGGGAGUAGGCGGGAAUCCGUUAAAGAAGCAUCUUUUUUUGUAGUGUUUAUACAAGAAAGCUUUUAAUACCAGUCAAUAGUUACUAGUUAUUAAUGACAUUUGGUAAUCACCAGAGGGUGUUCUCAGAGUGGCUUCACCCAUCGAGGACGCAGAUGGCGUCCAUUCUAUAUACAGUCUAUGGUUGCGAGGCAGACGUUUCUCCCACAUAUUGUGAGGCACGCACAUCCUCAAAUCACGUGCUCAAGCCUAAACAAAGUUAACGUUACUCCCUCGUGUUGUGAAGCAUGCUCCAUGUCCUCAAGUUACGUGCACAAGCUUUAACAAAGUUGGCGUGGUACAAUAUCGGACAGUAGAAACCAACCAGAAAGUACAUGAUGGGAGACGCUUCGCGACCUUGGUGACCCUGUACCCUUCUGCUGGACAGGUAAACCUAGUAAACCGCUUCAACAAAGUAAGCCAGGUGUCUGUAGAGUCUAUUAACUUAUAAAGAUAUCGUUGUGAAACCUUUAUAUUUUAGUGGAAAUGCAAGAAAGGGCGAUUUCACUUCAUUGUAAAACUCCAAACACAUCUUAUAUUUCAAUAUUGUUUAACGUUGACAGAGAAUAUCUACUCCUGUAUAACAUUGUGUCACAUAAACAUACAUUAAAGUGUAAUAAUAUGGUCAUAUUUCAACAUUAGCUGCCGUAAAUAUAGAAGUUUCUCUGCACUGUUCUCCAUAUACAGUGUUUUUCAUGUGCAGUUUAUCCCGCAGUGUUUAACUGUGUUUUUACACCGUAAUACAAAGAUAACCCCGCGCAUGCAUGUGUUAUAAACAUCUUAUAAAAGUUGCAGUAAAACCUAACAAGAAUGGACCCUGAGUUAGCUGCCUGGCUAACACCCCGUCCUCACGAGCUUCAAAAUCGUCUUUGAUUACCCAUCUUCAAUCAUUUAACCCAUCGUAUUCAUGCGUAUAUGUCACAACUAUUUCCCUAUUUCUAUAAACAACCUAAAGGAGUUAUCUUCAACUCUUUACAAUAAAACAUUUUCAUUUCAAACCCACCGAAUAGCUUCAGCCUGCGACGCGCCAGCAUCCACUUCCGUGUUUACUUAUAGCCCAGCCAAUCGUUUCGCUCGAGCUUGUUUCGAUUGACCAAUAGCAACAAAGCGUGGCUUUUUUCCUACCUCUAUAAAACACAGGCUUUCUUUUGUUUUAAUUUUGGGGUAACGUUUCCCGUAAAACACAUUAUUACUUGUUACUAAAUAACAGACCGAACCAAAGCGUUCGCACUUAUUUCCCUAAAAGCCACAGACUCGUUGUGAAUAGCGGUUUUAUUGUUUAAGACAGGAACUCUACCCUUGAUAUCGGGAGUUUCUCCUCUUCUUCUUCCUCCUCCUCUUCUUCCUCGUCCUCGCCAACAACACAACCGGCUGUGAUCCGGUUAGUUUCCCUCUUGAUGAUGGUAUUGGUUGAAUUUGAAGCUAGCCGUAGCUGUUUGGGAGCUGGAGCAUCCUCUUCCCCCUCCGUGGACCUCGCCUCUAAUGUAACGGAG